GGAGCCGGCAGGUGAGGCGCUCCGAGGUGCCGAGAGCUUCGGCGGGGUCCAGGAAAGAGCCGCGGCCGCAUUCAGAGCCCCAGCAUGGCCGGGGGGGCGCCGCCGCGCCGCGGGGCCGGGGCUAUCCGCUUGCCGGGCGCCUUCUCCCCUCGGGCUCCCCUUCUUCCUCCCCCGCGGAGCCCGCCCGCCGCCCGCCCGAAGGGAAGCAGCAGGUAGGGAGCCAAGGAAGGAAGGCGCCGCCUGCCCCGUGACUCCGCCACAUCCCCGCCGUCCCGCCUCUCUCGCUCUCCGCCGGAGGCAACCCCGAAGCUCCGCAGGAGCCGCGCCACCCAGGAUGCGGACGGGCAGCGCCCGCGCAGCGGAGCGGAGCCUGCGCCGGCGAGGACCUCGGGGGGCAGCUGCCCAGGGCCGCCGUCGAUGCCUCCGCCCGUCGCGCGGAACUUCUCCCGGAAGGCCGUGAGGAGGAGAGCCAGGCGGCGCUGGGAUCCCGCUCUCGGCGGCCUCUCUGGAUUGCGACGUGGAGUUGCGCCCGGAGCCUCUUCGCCGCCUUCCUCGCCGUCCCGACAGCGCUGCGGGUGCAGGAAAUCCUGAAGGAGCGCCGAGAGGGAAGGAGUGGUGAGAGAAUGAAGAAGCCAACUGAGCAGGAGAAGCAUGAGGUGGCAGCGCAGCGCUCAGUUUAACGGGCUCUGGCUGAUGGUCCCAUGGGUGCCAUCAGUAUUGGUCCUGACUCUGGGGUGCUGGGGGCUGGCUGCAGCUGUCGCCACGCCACACGAACAGCAUGCCUCCACAGCCUCCUCCAGCCAAGUACCGCUGGACUGGCUGCUCACUGACCGAGGACCAUUUCACCGGGCCCCAGAGUAUGUUGACUUCAUGGAGCGCUUCCGGCAGGGUUUCGCCACCAGGUACAGGAUCUACAGAGAAUUUGCUCGCUGGAAGGUGAAUAAUUUGGCAUUGGAAAGGAAAGAUUUCUUCAGCUUGCCUCUGCCCCUGGCUCCAGAAUUCAUCCGCAACAUUCGCCUUCUGGGGCGACGGCCCAGCCUCCAGCAGAUCACUGAGAACCUGAUUAAAAAAUAUGGCACCCAUUUCCUGCUCUCCGCCACACUUGGAGGUGAAUGCUCCCCUUUCUUCCCAUGGCACCGCCUGCAGCCCUUUUUUGCUUCUGCUGAGAGAGUGCGCUGCGGGUAUGUCACAAGUUUGCUAUGUGCCCAGGAUUUUUUUUUCCUUGGAGGAGCCCCAAAGCAGUACAAUCCAGGUCAAACUUUACCACUUGGUCUUCUACCUUCUUAUAAAGGAGUGGUGACUUUCCAGGUGUUGAGUUUUCCGCUGCUAUCCUUCCUGCUGACAUCCUGUUCUGUCUUGGCAGAGGAACUACAGUCCCUGGUGAAGAAGUUCCCUGUGGACCACUUCUUGAACUUAACAGCCAUCUCCCAGUACUGGGCAAUGGAUCUUGAUAUUCAGCACCGCUAUCAGAAGUUGGGCAGCACUUUGAAGAUUCUCUCCAAGAAGACCCAUCGGAUUGUCCGGCGUCUUUUCAAUCUGGCCAAACGCUGCCACAGGCAACCUCGCUUCAGACUUCCAAAGGAGAGGCCCUUGACCUACUGGUGGAGCCAUGCCCAGUCCCUCCUCUAUUGCAGUGAGACCUCUGUGCCAGGAACGUUUGUGGAAGAAAGCCACAGCUGCACCUGCCCCCAUGACCAGCUCUCCUGCCAGGGGACUAUCCCAUGUGCCUUGGGCGAAGGACCAGGAUGUGCUGCCUGUGCGGAGGACAACGCCACCCAGUGUGGGUCCUGCAACCAUGGCUAUGUGCUCACCCUGGGACUGUGCCGCCCAGAGGUGGCAGAGCCCCUGGAGCACUAUAUAGGUUUGGAGACAGACUUGCAGGAUUUGGAGCUCAAAUACCUUUUGCAGAAGCGGGACAGCCGCAUUGAAGUGCACUCCAUCUUCAUCAGCAAUGACAUGCGCCUGGGGACCUGGUUUGACCCCUCCUGGAGGAAGAGGAUGCUGGUAACCCUUAAGAGCAACAAGUACAAGCCAGGUUUGGUCCACCUCAUGCUGGCCCUCUCCCUCCAGAUCUGUCUCACCAAGAACAGCACCUUGGAGCCAGUCAUGGCCAUCUAUGUCAACCCAUUUGGGGGCAGCCACUCAGAGAGCUGGUUCAUGCCCACCAAUGAAACUGGCUUUCCCGACUGGGAAAGGACUAACGUGGAUGCCUCUGGCCAGUGCCAAAACUGGACCCUCACUUUAGGCAACAAGUGGAAGACCUUCUUUGAGACAGUCCAUGUCUACCUGAGGAGUCGCAUCAAGUCUCUCAACGACAGCUCAAACGAAACCAUCUUUUAUGAGCCUUUGGAGAUGGAUUCUUCCAAGAACUUAGGCUACAUGAGGAUCAAUAGCUUGCAGGUUUUUGGCUAUAGCCUGCCCUUUGAGUCUGAUGCCAUUCGGGACCUUGUCCUUCAGCUGGAUUACCCGUAUACUCAAGGCUCUCAAGACUCUGCUAUAUUGCAACUGAUCGAGAUCAGGGACCGGGUAAACCGCCUCUCUCCGCCUGGGAAAAUCCGCCUUGAUCUUUUCUCUUGCUUGCUCCGGCACAGGCUCAAGCUGGCCAACAACGAGGUAAGUCGCGUCCAGUCCACCCUGCAGGCCUUCAAUGCCAAAUUGCCAAACCCAGUGGAGUAUGAGACUGGUAAAUUGUGCAGCUAGCCUUGGGAGUGGGGCAGGGCUGUCCUUGUAGCUCCCAGAGGGGAGGACUGGGGAAUGAGAAGUCGAGACUUCCAAAGGCCUUACUUUCAUGCCAGACGUGCUCUUCGGCAAGACAGCAAGCUGCCAGCCUGUAAGACUCCAGCAUUUGCAGACUCUGUGGCACCAAACCCGGGAUGUGGCACAAAUCUCUGGCACAACAGCAGCUAAGAAGAGACCAAAUGGCAGGGCUACUGUUGCUGCUGCAAACGUCUUGCUUCGGUUGCUGAGGAGUCUGCAUUGCACCCUCUCUUUUCUUGCAGGCUGCGUUUGUGGAGCAUGCAAGAAAAUGUACAGGCCCGCGAAGAAACCAGGAGAUGGAGACAUUGAAGGGAGAAGGAGAGAGACAUGACUGAGGGCUAAACUUGUGGGAAUGGCACUAAAGACUUGGCCUUUUGUGAUCUGGUCAGUAGCCCUUAAACACACAGAGAGAGGAGCAGCAAAAGGAUUGAACGAGGAUUCUGCCGAGUGCUUCAAAAAACACCCACUUAGGAGAACCGUUCUUUGGCCCUUGCCUCCCUUGGCGCAGUUUACUUUUGUAUUGUUUUUAUGGGUGUUUCUAACAGCGUCAUCACCUUUACAUUCUCCGCAUUACUUUCUAAAGCUGCCACUCUAAGCACACUUUCUUGGACAUCGGUGGAAGUCAGUUUCUCACACCAGUGAAACCUGCUUCUCUUAAAGGAAUGAGUUUAAGAACACAGUGCUGCCCAACCACCACCUUGGAUCCACCAUUUUGUUUUGUUCCCUGAUCCACCCCUUUGGGGUGAGAUCUUUUCAGUAACUGGUGAGCGGUAGCGUUUGGCACAUGAAAAGUGUGCCUAUAUUGCCCCUUUCUCUCAAGCAUCCCCAGGGAACAUGUCACCCUCUUCUGUUCCAUUCACAUCACAUGGUCCUGUCACACAAAGCUAAUUUCACCGGGGGGGGCACUUUUGAAGAGUGUUCCCAGUGGCACACAGCAGUUUUUAAAUGGGUAUUCAGAGCCCAAUGGAUGAUUGGCCUUUCAAGCAUUUAUUUAUUAUGUAUUGGUUUUAACUGAUUGGCUUUAAAAAAAGUAUUUCUGCUUUUGCAUUUUUUAAAUUUGGAGUGGGAUUUUCUUUUUCAGUUGACUCCUCCAGCUGAGUUACGCAUCUAAUCCAAAUGUUUGUUUUAAUAUAUUUUGUAAGGGGUGGGAUGAGGGAGAAAUUGUUAUGUUUUGGUUUGGUUUGGUUUUUUUGGAGGGGGAAAAGGGAAAGCAGUAAACAAAUCA